AUGAAAACAAAAAUGUCGGAGGGCAAGCCUGAGGAUGCCAAGGCUGAGCCUGGAGUGUUUGAACGUUACCACCCACAACAUCCUCUACCAGAAGGUAUACGAAAAAUGGAGCAUGAUGACACUAUAUGUAAGUAUUGUGGGGUGAGCUACCUCAUUCACAAUGAAAUCAAAGCCAUGGAGGAAAAGUUAAAAAAGACCUUAGCUGAGAUGGAACACUACAGAGGAAGCGUGGAGAGAGAAAAACAGCUACAAGUUGAUUAUGAACGACUGAUGGGAGAAACCAAGGAACUCCGAGAACAUUCCAAAGAAAUGGACAACAUAAUAUCGUCGCUACGCAGUUCCUUAAAAAAUGAAGAAGAACUUUCAAACCACUUAAGAUUACAGAACCAGAAUGUUCAGAGUGAACUAGAUAGGACCAUUACGGAGAGGGAAAGCUUUAGGUUAAAAUUUAGCCUGUUUGAAGAGAGACUACCGUCUAUAAAGUCCCAGCUUGUGUCCCAGCGACAAUCUGUAAGGGAUGUACACAAGUUUGUCGAGGAGAGGGAUGCUAAAAUUCAAUCAGACCUACAACUAUUACAAAAAAACAUCAUUGAAAAAUACCAGUCUGAACAGCAAGGAAUAUCCUCACUUCAACAGCAUAUUGAUAAAUUAGAAGCGGAGAAAUCAGAAUCUGCCAUGCAGUCCACCAUGAUGACGGACAAGGUUCGUCGCCAGGAGAAGGAACUAAAAUCACUGUCUAAUGUCAGAGAGGAAAACUCACAACUACAGCAAAAGUGUAAUAGUUUAGAAAACUCUAUUAAAGACAUAAGACAACAACUUGAGGAUUCUGUAUCGACCAGUCGGCAAUUGAACUUAGAAAGUCAACAAUUCAAGGAAAGUCUAAGAAACAAAGCCCAAGAAAUUGAGGAAUUAACAGCACAAUCAAGGAGAAAAGAGCAAAAUACAGAAAUGUCACUACAGAAACUUCAGAAUGACUUAAGAAAGAAAGAAACAGAAUUGACAUCACUGACCAGGGAGAUGAAAACAAUGCAGUCAAGAUUUAAUGAACAGAAGAUGAAAGAGGAGGAAAUUCAUAGAAAAGCUACCCUAACAGUCACGGAGACAAGAGAACUAAAAAACAUUUUAGCAAAGGCAGAGGAAGAGAUUGAACAACUUAAAGGAGAAAGAGAGUCCAUGAUUUUGUCGCACCAAAAUCGUAUAGAACAACUACGGGAAAGUUUUAAACAGAAGAUGUUCGAGGCCGAGUCCUGGCCGGAGAAGUUGGAGGAAAUGCUACAGAAGGAACGGGCAAAACAUGUGGCAUCACUGAAAUCCAUGGAGGAGAGACUGAAAGAGAAUUUCGUUCUGGAAAUCAAGAUAGAGAAAGAGAAGUACCAGGAGCUGUUGGGAAAAUACCAGAAUUCUAACAAGGAUCAUGAAGCUAUUCUAAAAGCUCAGCUGAACUCAUUGGAGAGUAAGUACCGAUCCGAAAUUCGAGAUCUUCAGCAGUUUCUGUCAGACACAAAAGAAAGAGCAAAGGACAGUGAAGACUCAUUACGAAAGGAAGUGCAGAGCCUCAAAUCUAUUAUUCAGGACCUGGAGAACAGAUUAGGACGUUUGGACUCGGGAAAUGAGGAGAUGAUUUCCACUCUGAAACAGCAGUUAAAGGAGACACACGAUGAGCUAGGGGAAACCAGACAACAGAUGGAAGAGCAGGCAGGCCAGCUAAAGACUGCCAAAGAGGAGAAUGCUUUUCUCCAAGAAACAGUGAGGAAAGAAUGUGAGGAAAGAUUUGAAUUGAUGGAAAAAUUCAGCGAGGCUAAAGAAGAACUUCUGCAGUUGAAAAAACCAUCAGGUGGAUAUUCUUCAUUAAACUCAUCUCGGAACUCUUCUGCUGUGAAUUUGAAGAAAUCAGAAAGUUUCAACACUCCCAAGCCAAGCCCUCCUGAUGAUGGGCUCUCUCGAAAGGAUAGUGAGGGCUCCAGCCCUAACAAGACAAAAAUACCAUCAGCCCCUUCUAAUAGGGAUGUUGGUCCAAGUACAAACAAUGAGUUAACAUUUGGUGGAGAAUCAGCAAAAACACCCGGACGAUUAAAGGGCAACUCCCUCGCAGAGAACCGUCGCAGAAUAGCUCAGAUACUUGGACGUAGGGAAAAGUAG